UUGAGAUAAAUAGAAUUCAAAAAAUGGCAUCAUUAAGCGGACAAACGUAUCAAGAAGAAAUAUUAUCAAUGGUAGAGGAGCCAAAUUAUUAUAAUCAACGAGGUGAAGUUGCUACAUUUUUUUCUGGAAAGAAAAUUUUUAUAACAGGAGGCUUAGGAUUUAUAGGACGGCUUAUAAUGGAAAAACUUUUAAGAUGUUGUCCAGAAAUAACAACGAUUUAUUUGCUGGUAAGGGCAAAGAAACAGAAGGAUCCGCAGACUCGAUUUAAAGAAUAUUUCAAUGAUGUUAUUUUUGAUAGAUUAAAGAGAGAGCAAAAAGAUGUUGAAAAGAAGAUUAUUGUGAUUGAAGGAGACACGAGUCUAUUGAAUUUAGGAUUGUCAGAGAAGGACCGCGAUCGCAUUAAAGAUACCGAUGUAAUUUUUCACAGUGCAGCAUCAGUACGUUUUCUGGACAAUAUUCGUAAUAUAGUUAAUACAAAUAUUAGAGGAACAAGAGAUCUUCUUUUGCUUGCACAAGAAAUGACAAGCUUAAAGGCCUUUGUUUAUGUUUCAACGGCCUACUCGCACUGUGUUUACAGUAAAAUCGAAGAAAAAUUGUAUAAGCCACCUAUGAAGACAGAUGAUAUAAUUAGAUUGACAGAGAUUUUGACCGAAGACCAAUUAGAUUUAAUCACCCCAAAGCUACUGGGUAAGUGGCCUAACACCUACGCUUUUUCAAAGGCAAUCUGUGAAGAUACAGUAAGACAAUAUGCUAAUGGAAUACCAACUGGCAUUGUUCGGCCAUCCGUGGUUGUAUCAACAGAAAAGGAACCAAUAGCUGGCUGGAUAAACAAUUUGAAUGGAWUUACAGGUGCUGCUKUUGGUWSYKCRAMAGGURUUUUACGARCMMUGUAUUGUGAUAAAGACCUAAUUUGCGAUAUAAUUCCUGCCGAUUAUGUUGUCAACAACAUUAUUGCUGCAGCAUGGGAYGUUGCACAWAAWCGACUGCUUAAURUCUACAGAAAAAUAGAAAAGKUUAAACAUGUAAUAAGUUUCUUUUCCAUGAAUGAAUGGGAAUUUACAAACGAUAAUGUCUUGAAGUUAUGGGACAAAUUAUCUAUUGUWGAUAAAAGUAAYUUCUUCUUUAAUGUUGCUGAUAUUGAUUGGAACUGUUUUUCUAYUACUUACAUCAGGGGAUUGCGAGUAUUUUUAWUUAARGACCCAAUGGAUACGGUUGAAGAAUCGAGACCUUUUUAUAGAAGGGAUAUAGCCGAAUUUGUAAGGCCACGUCAGAGUGUAAAGUCGUGCGUUCAGUACCAAAUUUUUCGUGGUACCAAAUUUCCAGUACCAAAUCUUGUAGAUAAUAAACCUAAUAUUUGUUAUUUUUUAUAA